UCUUCAACUAGACAGCCAAUCCCAUGGCGUCAACGAGACAUUCUCAUUUUACUCGCUCGUGAUAAUGAACGCUUCGAGUCUUGUCGCGCAAUUUGCGUCCGGAAUACUUGUCAGGAAAUUUAGGCAAGAUACAUUGUUGAUAGUUGCCGGCAUAGGGUGCACCGUACUCUUAUUUAGUAUGGCAUGGAUCAAGACUUUGCCAGGCUUCGUCGUUAUCGGGGUUCUCUAUGGCUUGUUUUCGGGAUCAGCUCUGGCCAUGUGGGGGCCCAUAAUGGCACUUCUUACACCCGACCAUUCCGAGUUAGGCGUACGAAUGGGUAUUUCCAGUGCCAUUAUGGCACUUGGAGGUUUGAUCGGUUCCCCGAUAUCAGGUGCUUUGCUUACAAGCAACUACAUUUGGUGGAGAGGCGCGGUAUUCACUGGAGUAAGCAAUAGUCAACCAGUUGUUUCAGAGACUGAUGUUCUGGGCG